AUGCCAUCCUUCAAGAGUCUGCUGCUCAUAGCCCUCUCCCUCGCGGCCACUACAACGGCCUGCCCACAGGGCUGGGAGGGUGAGGACAACCAAUGCUGCUUCGGCUUUGAGCAAGAUUCGGCCGACGGCAAUUAUUGCUGUGUUGGCGGCAAAAUGGGUGACAUAUUUUCUACGGCAAGCAGCAGUAGUGCUUCAUGCUUCACAAAGAUUCCAAUGACCGCCAGCGAUUAUUCGCAACAGGUCUCUUCGGCAUCAUCGAAGUAUCAAGCAGGUGCUACCGCAACUCCUGCUACCAACGUGGCGACUUCUACAAGCUCGACAAGCUCGGGUUCUGCAGCUGCCACCGCCAAUGCCGCCAUGCCGAUUGCCACAGCUCAAGAAAUAGUGCUAGGCGGUGCCGCAGUCAUUGCCGGUCUUUUUGUGCUCUGA